UGCUGUAGAAGUUGGCCUGGAUCACGUCGUAGCACAGCGUUGGGCCCCUCUGCUCGAUCUGGUUGGGAGAAAUUAAAGGCGGGUGUUGCCCCAGGAGCAGGGGGUCUGUCUGGGCCGAUGCAGGUGGUGGACUCCCCUCUCCUCCGUCAGCAGGUGGAGACACAGAGACUGGGCAUCAAACACCUGAAGAACGAGAACAACAGACUCAAGGCAGAGAAGAUGAGAGCCCAGCUAGCCUCCCUCCCUCCCCUCCAUGUCCCCAAGCUUCCUCUGAGAGAGGCCUCCUCCUCUCCCCCUGCUGAGGGGCCUCUCCACGGGGCUCUCUACAGGAAGACAGACCAGCUCCUGGGGACCCUGCUCAAGAUGAGCGCCGCCGUUAAGGUGGUCGACAUCACCGGGAAGACUCCAGUGAGUGCGAGUGCUCAGCUCCUGGACCAGACAGCUCGACUGCAGUCUCUGAGCAACGCUCUGGACAAACUGAAGGGUGAAGUGUCAGAGCAUGUGGUUUCUCAGCAUCCUGGGGCGAAGAUCUCCUCUGACUUUGCCACCUUCCCCAUUUCCUCCUUCGUCAAGGCGAAGGAGGAGAAGCAGGGGGGUACGGUGUUCGUAGGGCGCGUGGCCAUCCCAUGUGCCAAGGGCCAGGAGCAGGUGCACCGUCUCGUCCUAUCACAGCAGCACCUGCAGCAAGUGCACCGCCUCCUCAUGACCUAAGACGCCACCCCAUUGGCCUAUGUCCACAAGUGACAGCAAGCUCCUCCAAUCAGAGCACAGCAGAUGCAAAAAUAGUUUUUUCAGUUACAGGCCAUUUCCAAUUGUUCCUCAGAUUCUCUCAGGACACACGUUGUGACACUACAUCACCUGGUCAAAGGGAUUACACAUCUAUGCCAAAGAGACACACGUGUUCUUGUCAAGUAAUAAUACUUCAUACAGUAAUUCAGUUAUUCUCUACCAACACGUUCUACAUGAUUGUCAGAUGUCUUUUUUUAAAGCAGCUUUUGAGUAGUUUUUAGGUGACUCGACUCGUAAACGUUGCAUCUCUAGAGUUGAUUAAAAGUCUGACGGAGAAACAAACAAGCAAAAAUGAAUGCACACCGAGCGAGUUGAUGCAGCAGAAAUAGGUUAACCAUAGGGAAAUGGACAAAUGGCACAAUUAAUUAUUAAUGCAUUGCACUUUUUUUGUACUGUGGUGAUUAUUUUACGUAAUCUGCACAUACUGGUGUAUACCAGCAGUCAGGACCAAGCGAAUCCACCACUGAAAUAAAUAUGUGAUUCCCAUUUGAGAUAUUAUUUUUACUAAUGUAUUCAGGCCUGACAGGCUAUAUCAAAUCUAGGGUGUCUGAAAAGGCACCCUAUUCCCUAUAGUAAAUAACAUGACAAUGAAGUUCCAUUUCAAAUUCACACACCUUUUAACUUUUCUUCAUUUGGAAUGAAUAUCUAUUUGGUUGAGAUAGGAAGCUGAUUUAAUAGAAUGAGAAAUGUAGGGUGUCAAUCUACUUGAUUGUUGACAUUCCUACGGUAACCAGGUUUCACUGACUUAUAAAUGGUUUGUGUAUUAUUCACACAAGUUCAGUUAAGUCAUUAAACUACGAAGGUCUAUCAUAUGUACCUGUGUCAAGACCUUAAACAUUAGUCACUAUGGUAGAUUAAAUGAAUUGUAAACGCUGAAUAGUCUAGGAUGUUGUGGCUAGUGCUGAAACUUACCUACAGCCAAUCUCAAAAGCCAUUAUACUGUAUAACUAGAUGUUCUGCACUGAACACUGGAGUAGGAACAUUUAACAAUGCAAAUGUGUCAACCAUACAUACAGUAAGAGGAACCUACUCUACAACAGUGUUCGUUGAAGACUAUAAGACUGUGGACUGACGGGAAGCUGUAUGACUGCAUCCAUCUUGACUGUCCUGAAUCCAAAACAUCAGACCAAUAAAGUUCUUACCAAGUCA